AUGCAGGUGCAGCAAACAUGGGACAUGAUUGGAACAAGUCAUUGCAAGCCUCCAUUUUGGCGGGAAAUGAAUCGUACCCAACCCAUCCGGCACAUCCAUAUUUCAAAUAUUCUUUCUGUUUAUUUUCUGCCAAAACCAGACGCCCACACUUCCCCCCUCAAAAAUUUAAAAAUCCCGUCUAGUGCACAUCUCGUACUCGACCCCUACUCGACCCCUCCGACGCACCAGCCCUCCUCUACAUCACCAACCUCCCCAUCCCAACCCCCGUCACCCCGCGCCGUCUUAUUCUCUCGCACUUUCCUCCUUCUCACAAUGUCCUUCCCGCGCAACGAGGACACGGCUAGCAUGUUCCGCACGCGCAAGCCCACGGUCGCCCGCGCCAAGCACGACAAGCCCGCGCAUCCGCAAGCCGCCGAUCUGCAACCAUACGUCCCGCACGCCAUCGUCCCCACCCGCGCCGAGGAGGAUGAGCCCCCGUUAAAGGCAUUUUCCGCCGUGGUGAGGGGAGAAAGCCUGUCCGAUCAAGGCGAUGGUGUCGCGCAUGGGCUUGCCGAACAGCCUGGCCUGCGCCGAAACAAGCCCCAUCCCCAGCGGCAAUCCCCGACUCAGCCUUCGGAUUGCGUCCGCAACUGGGAAAAAAAGAUCGAGUACAACCCCUUCUUUCCGGAAGACACUGAAGAGGAGUUGUACUGCGAAGUGCCGCCCGAAUGCAGGAUUGAGGCCGGGAACGACCCGCUCAUCAACCACGUCCUUGCCAUGUUCCCCGAAAACGAGCACACUGAAACUUGA